GGGGGAUAAGGGAGGGAGAGGGGGAGCAGCAGCAGCAGCAGCAGCAGCAGCAGCAGCAGCAGCAGCAGCAGCAGAAGAAGGGGGAUGGGGGGGAGCAAGGGGGAAAAAAGCAGCAGCAGGGGAGACAUAGCAGCAGCAGCAAGUGGGAAGUUCGCAGCAGCAGCAAGGGUGCAGCAGCAGCAGCAGCAGCAGCAGGUGGGAAUUCAGUCGCAGCAAUGGAGAAGCAGCAGCAAGCGGAAAGGAAGCAGAAGAAGGGGGAAUAUCGGCAACAGCAGCAGCAAGUGACACAGCAGCAGCAGCAACGGCAGCAGCAAAUUUCACAGCAGCAACGGCAGCAGCAAAAGCAGCAAGAGACCAAAGAGCAGCAGCAACACCAGCAGCAGCUCAUCGAGCUACAACAGCAGCAGCAGCAGCAGCAGCAGCAGCAGAUCAGGCACCACCAUCAGCAGCAGACCACGCAGCAGGCCAACCCCCAUCAACAGCAGCAGCAGCAGCAGCAGCAGCAGCAGCAGCAGCAGCAGCAGAUCAGGCACCACCAUCAGCAGCAGACCACGCAGCAGGCCAACCCCCAUCAACAGCAGCAGCAGCAGCAGCAGCAGCAGCAGCAGCAGCAGCAGCAGCAGCAGCUGACUUGGAUUUCUUCUUCGUUGUGGACUUUGAUUUGGCAGCUGCGGAAGCUUUUUGCUGCUGCUGCUGCUGCUGCUGCGCUGCUGGCGUAG